UUUCCAGUGGGGGGACCUGAGACGCUACACCGGGUUUGAAUGAAUCGGGCUGAUUCAUCGCGGCCCGGCUGAGCGGAAGGUGCCGAGCGGGGCGACGUGAAGUGGGGUUUCGGCGAUCACAAACGGCGAGAGUUACUGUUGGAGUACGUUGUGUGAAGUUUGUCCCAUCUCAGUGAUUUAGGACAGUAGGAGCUUCACUUUGCAUCUAAACUUGGAGGCUCCACUAAGAACUGGAAAAACAUUGUGGAAAAAAGCUGAAAACCAGGAAAUAUGGAUCGACUUCUACGACUUGGAGGAGGAAUGCCUGGUCUAGGACAGGGACCUCCUACAGAUGCACCUGCAGUUGACACAGCUGAGCAAGUUUACAUUUCUUCACUUGCACUUCUAAAGAUGUUGAAGCAUGGUCGAGCUGGUGUUCCCAUGGAAGUUAUGGGACUCAUGCUUGGAGAAUUUGUUGAUGACUACACUGUCAGAGUGAUUGAUGUGUUUGCUAUGCCACAGUCAGGAACGGGAGUAAGUGUGGAGGCAGUUGAUCCUGUGUUUCAAGCCAAAAUGUUGGAUAUGUUAAAACAAACUGGAAGACCUGAGAUGGUUGUUGGCUGGUAUCACAGUCAUCCUGGUUUUGGCUGUUGGUUGUCGGGUGUGGAUAUCAAUACUCAACAGAGUUUUGAGGCCCUUUCAGAAAGAGCUGUGGCAGUAGUAGUGGAUCCCAUUCAGAGUGUAAAAGGAAAGGUUGUUAUCGAUGCCUUCAGAUUAAUCAAUGCUAAUAUGAUGGUCUUAGGACAUGAACCAAGACAAACAACUUCAAAUCUGGGUCACUUAAACAAGCCAUCUAUCCAGGCUUUAAUCCAUGGGUUGAACAGACAUUACUAUUCCAUUACUAUCAACUACAGGAAGAAUGAAUUAGAACAGAAGAUGUUACUGAAUUUACAUAAGAAAAGUUGGAUGGAAGGUUUAACUCUUCAAGACUACAGUGAACACUGUAAGCUCAAUGAAACAGUGGUAAAGGAAAUGCUGGAACUAGCAAAGAACUAUAACAAGGCUGUGGAAGAAGAGGAUAAAAUGACACCUGAACAGCUGGCAAUAAAAAAUGUUGGCAAGCAGGAUCCUAAACGUCAUUUAGAAGAACACGUGGAUGUGCUGAUGACUUGCAACAUUGUCCAGUGUUUAGCAGCAAUGUUGGAUACUGUUGUAUUUAAAUAAUGACUUAUCAUAAAUGUUAUUUGCUGACUAUAAUCAUCUAUUGUUUAAAGCACUGAGGCUAAGAUAUAUUUGGAUGUCAGAGACAUCUGGCAUCAUUUGCAGUCUAAGAGCAUCACUCUAACACCUUUUCAUCUCUGUUGUGCAAUUACUUUGGGUAUUUUUUUAAUGCAAGAUCUCUGCAGAUUCUAAAACAAUUCAAGAACAAGGUUAAAAAGCGUAUUUUCAUUUUCGUUUUGAAGAUAAUUGGCAGCACAUAUAUAUCUUAAUUAUUGAUAUGUGGCUUUUUAAAAUGUCUGUUAAACUACUUAGUGUUUUGCUGACAUUGUAAUUGAGAAAGAAUCAAUUAUUGACAAUACUGUACAAAAUUCAACAAGGAGAGAAAUGCCUUUCAUUUGCCAUGGACAUGAUUUUUUUGUUAAUGAAAACCUGGUCAUCAAUUUUGUUGAACCUUCUGUCUAAUGACAUUUCUGUAACUUACACAUCUGCUUUGUCAAACACAGAACUCAGUAGAAUUCCCCAAAAGUACAGUUUCCUGUCCCCGUCCCCAAAGUUCCUCCUUCCAUAUAGCUGUAAAUGUCUCUACAAUGUAUAAACAAAGCACAGAAGAUAAUAAAAGCCUAGAACCAACAUCUGAAAAGUUACAACAAAUCUGUUACAGACAAUGUCAUCAAAAUAUGGAUAUUAUUUGUCAACCUACUCUGUAAAUACCAUUGAAGUACAUGCUGAGAGAUAAAAUUACAAUUUAUUUUGGGUUUUUUUUAAACAUUGAAAAUAGACAUUUCUGAAAGAAAGCUGCAGGGCUUUCCAACAUUAUGUACACAACUAAAGUAUAAGAAAAAAAAAUAUUGACCUCUUUAUGAGAAACUGUUAUGGAAACCAAUUUUUAAUUUGUAAAUGAAAUACAAGUUUAUAAAGGAAUAAAGAAAUACCAAUUGCUAAGAAA